GUCAUCGCGCAGCCGGAAGAAAACUGAAAACAUCCUUCUCCAACCAGCUUUGUUUAUUAGCGCAACUCUACCGAAAACGAGUUAAAAUGAUGUAAUUCGUGCAAAGUUUAGUGCUAGUAUUCGCUAAACCUGGUCCAGAAUGUCGCUAACGUUGCUACGAAGCCUCUGCCGGCAGCAACAUCUAGUGCAAAAACAAACUACAUUUGUUUGCAGUCGACUGUGUCAUCAGCAAGGUCAGCAGAGAGACGAUGGUGAUAAACAACAUAACACGAAAGAAAAAUUAGCUGUGAAAUACAGCCGAGAAAACGUGAAAAGGAAUGUCCAGGGCUACGUGUUCUCGCGAUUUUUUGACUAUGUUAAAAACUAUGACAAAGUUCUGGAGAAAAAGUUUCCCUCGGCCAUGCACGUCUAUCGAGUGUUUUUGGUCGGAGUAAAAGAGUUUUUUAGCGAUAUGAAAAAGCUAGUCAAGGUAACAAAGAUUGUUUAUUUGAACGAUAAUAAUCUUCGAUGCCUAACCCGGAAGGAGAUCGAACUGUACUACCAGAUGCCAAGAGAUAUGAAGAAGGUUGCACCCGUGCUAUUGAUUUCGGCACUCCCAUUCGCUAAUUAUGUUGUAUUUCCAUUGGCAUAUAUGUACCCUCGAACCUUCCUGACAUCCCAUUUCUGGUCGAUACAGCAAAAAGUGGACUUUGCUCAGCAAGAUCUAAGACAAAGGUUGUUUUACAAUCGACGAGUUUUCCGCUGUAUGCAGGCCAAGCUAGACGUGCUGAAGAAGUCUCGAGAUCCACAGCACGAAAAGUUCAGUUACAUUCUAGGUUUACUUGGAAGCGGUCUUCACCCUACGUCGGAGGAAAUUAUCGACGUCAAGGAUCUUUUCAGUCGGUCCCCUUUAAGUCUUGGAUCUUUGAAUUCAGCACAUUUGAAAUAUCUGUGUCGAUUACAUGACAUCCAUGCAGGACUGAUGAGAAGGUUUCGUCUAUCAGAACGUGCAUACGUAGUACAUCAUAUGGAUCUGGCCAUCAAACGUGAAGGUGGGGUUCACAAUAUGUCGAUAGAGACAUUGAAGCAUGCCUGCUUUCUUCGGGGAUUAAAUGCAACAAACUUGAGUACGGAUAGUAUGGUUGAAUGGCUGAACGAAUGGGUCAAAGUGUCCUUAAUCAUUAACCAAGACAACGUGAGCUUGUUUUUGCACCUGCCGAUUCUUCUCUCAUAUAAUCAUCCCAAUAAUUGGAUUUUGAAUCACUGAAACCCUAUUGUGAAAAUGAGCGUAGAAAUUACGUUUUCGUUCUGUUAUAAGUUUUUGUUUUGAUUGGAAUAAACAGUUUUGGAUCACAAAAAGUGGAAUGUUUUAUUGGAAAUGGACAGUAUUGAUGUACCAGCUUCUUUAGUAGUUUUUUCUGAAAAAAUAUUCAUUUUCUCAGAGAAACGAAAUGUUCAAAUUUCUAAUUAUAAUACCCUAGUAAUUGAUCAUCAAUAAUAUUGCAAGCCCAAAAUGACAAUGUCGCGACAUAGAAUUCUCCAUUUACAAAUAAAAUUUACUACACUGUUUUGAUAUGAUUGGUUUCAAUUUUUUAUUCUAUUUUUUUGUUACAGAUUAACAAUAAAUAAGUUUCGUAGUGCAAACUGCUGCUUCAAUUCAUCAUGUUUAUUUAUUUUAUGCACUUAAAUUCGCAUUUCCAAACGUUACCUAUAUAAAAUAAAAUAUCCAUAUCAACAU